CCGGUGUUUCUAGUCUGAGUUUGUGCGUCUUGACGCGCGUGGGGAUUAUGGUUUGAAUCGACGUGAGCUUGUCACUGUCAGAUGAGCGCGUGUGGAGGCCGACCUGUGGACAGUCGCACAUCACACAGCUGGAGGGCAAAGUUUACAGAGGAGCCCGUUUAUCCUGCUCCGAUCCCCGCAGAGGACUCACACACACGUCCGGACAGAGGCUGUGCGAGGACCCGGUGAGUGCAGCAUGUAGCUGGACUGAGGAGGACUGCUGUGCUUCUUCUCUCCGCCGUGGCCCGCUGUCUGCCCACGCCCGCUGCGCCUUUCUGAUCCCCCGCAGGUGACCCUCCGGAGCCAUGGGUGGGAGUCUGGGCUGCCACCGCUCCAUCCCCAAGGACCCCACAGACUUCAGCUGCGGCAAGCGCAAAUUCAGCGCUGCGUGCAACUUUAGCAACAUCCUGGUGAACCAGGAGCGACUCAACAUCAACACCGCCACCGAGGAGGAGCUCAUGACUCUACCGGGAGUCAACCGCACUGUUGCGCAGAACAUCGUGGAGUACCGGGACUGUAUCGGCGGCUUUAAGAAGGUGGAGGACUUGGCUCUGGUGAGCGGUAUCGGAGCCACCAAACUGGAGGUGAUCAAACUGGAAAUAUGCGUCUCUAGCAGGACCAGCUCGUCCCAGCACUCCCCGUCCUCCCUGCGCAAAGACCUGGACCACCAGUCCAGCACCGGCAUGAACAUUAACACCGCCACCCCGGCACAGCUCAUGAGUAUCAGGGGCAUCACGGAGAAGAUAGCCAAGAACAUCGUGGCGUACCGGGCCGAGCACGGUCCGUUUAAGAGCAUCGAGGACCUGGUGCGGGUAAACCACAUCAACAGCUCUCUGCUGGACAAAAUCCGCUUCCAGGUGUUCGUGGAGCGCUCCAGGGCGCCGUCCACCAACACCAACGGAGGACUCACCUGUACCACUAAGUCUCACCCUAGCCCGACCUCUUUUAGCAUCAUGAGCGACGACCUGGACCUCCCCCCAGGAGGACCGACCCAGAUCAUCUCCGUGCGGCCCAACGUGGAGCCUCCGUCCGGCCUGCGGGACGGGAAGCCCGUGGUGCGGAUCGCCACCUGGAGCCUGCAGGGCUGCUCCUGCGACAAGGCUAACAACCCGGGGGUCAAAGAGGUGGUGUGCAUGACCCUGCUGGAGAACGACAUCAAGUUGUUGGCGGUGCAGGAUCUGUUGGAGCGGGAAGCUCUCGAUAAGUUCUGUGUGGAGUUAAACCAAGGAACCCUGGCCAGCGUACGGAGGUGGAAAGGCUCACGGGGACUGUGGAAAAGUGUUGUGUCCGAAAAACCAACAGCACACUCCAGCAAGGGAGCAAGCUACUCCGGCUUUCUGUGGGACAGUUCGUCUGGUGUUGAGCUGAAGGACGCCACAGUCCUUGAGUCUCCGGUCAUCAACGGCAACGGGAAUCAUACGCAUCCUCGACUCUUCCUGGCUCACUUCUCUGUUGGAUCAUACGAUCUGACGCUGGUGAACGUCCACAUGCAGGCCGCAGCUCCAUCAGGAGAGUCCAACGGCAAGAACCACAACACAGAUGAAGCCAAGAGUCAGCGUCUCUCCCCCAGCAUCCAGGAAACACUCAAAGCUGAGAAGGAGCUGGUGGUGCUGGGAGACUUUGGCGGCCCUCCUCAGAGCUCAGACCUAGACUUACUGAGGAAGGAAAAGCUUGGGGCUCUGAUACCAUCCACACAGUUCACCAACAUCAGUACCCGCUCCCCGCAGGGCACCCGCUGCCUGGACAACAUCUGGCUGAGUCGCUCCAUGAAGAAAAUAUAUUCCGGUCACUGUAUGGUGGUGCGGGAGGCGUUGACGAACCCCUGGAUACCAGACAACUGGUCGUGGGGCGGGGUGGCAUCAGAUCACUGUCCUGUGGUGGCUGAAUUUUACGCAGACGUUUCCACCAAGGAGCUGAGCAGGCCUGGUAUGGCCGUGGUGGACAGAGGGGACAUUAUGCCCAAACACGAGCGGUGACGAAACCCACAGCAGAAGGUCGUGGAUCACUUCAGACUCUGACCCACGAGGAUCCUGCUUCAUCCUGGUUAGCAGAGGAGCUUCCUGAUGAAUGUGAAGAAGUGCCAAGAUUGCCUUUUGGGUUUGAAUUUAUUAAUGUAUCAUACUAACUGGUGAGUCCUAGAGCCAUAAAAUGUUAAGAAGAAGGCAUAUAAUGUACUUUAAAAAGAAAUGUGCCAAACAUUUUCUAUCUGUGUAUAUAAUAAAGAGAAAUUAAAAUAUGUA